AUGGGUAAAAAUCACAGGCAUAAAAAAAACUUGAAAGCUGAUAAGGCUAAAGUACAUCUGAAACAAAGCAAAACAAAAUUUUUACCAAAAGGUUUAAAUGAAACCAAAACAGUCUUUAAAAUAAAACCAAUUGUACUUCCCCAACAGUUGGUAGAGAAAAGUACAGAUGCUCCUUUAAGUAAGAGAAAUUUAGAUGUUAAAGAUUUGUGCAGCAGGUUAAGCCAUUACAAUGAAAAUGUUCGAUAUACGGCAUGUGAAGAAUUAGCAAAGAUGUUCAAACAAUUUUCGGAGGAAAUUAUGAAGAGUAAUAUGUCCGAAAUUAUACUAAAAAUAUGUAGUUUAAUGACUGAUAUGGUAAAAAAGGUGAGAAUUGCUACAGUGAAAGUAAUUACAGUUAUAUUAGAAGUGAUUCCCUCUGAAAAAUUAGAACCUUUCUUUAAAUAUUUUUCUACUAACAUGUGCUGUGCCAUGACAAGUAUUCAUCAAGAUAUUCAAGAAGAUUCUCUUAAAUUUUUAGAUUGUUUUUUAGCGAAAGAUUGUGGAUUUAUCUCAAAAACAUCAGAAAAACUACUACCAGAUUUUUUCAGAUUAAUUUCAAAAUUAAGAAGUGAAAAAAAUAUAGGACAGGUAUUAACAUUGAAUUUGGGAAGUAAGAUGACUACUUCUACAUGGAGGAUUAAUGUUUUAAGUAGAUUAAAUUUGAUAUUUGAAUUAAUUUUAAAUAACCAGCCAGCAAAAGAACAAGAAUGUAUUUACAGUAAUGCUGAGGAGUGCAAUACAUUUCCAAUAUAUAAAGUUAGCUUCUGUGAGGCACUCAAUAAUCCAGAUUGGUCAAAUUCAUACAAUUCAGGAAGUAUUUUCGAUAGUUAUCUCCCAGAUUUAAUUCCCAUUUUUUAUGAAAUCUGGAUGGAAGUUUCACCACAAAAUAAUAUUAAAAAAACUAUUUAUGAAAGUACAUAUUUGAAAGAUGAAGCUGCUGCAAUUUUUAAUUAUAUUGUAAAUUCUACAUAUUUAUUGUGGAAGUAUGUACAACAAAAACAUGCACAUUUGAAGGACAUUUUUGUUUCUAAAGAAGCAACCAUGUUUUUGAAUAACUUGUUAGCAAGUUUUCCUUAUGAUAGAAGUGACAAAAAUUUACAAUUAAAAAGAGUUAAGUCAAAUACUGGUAAACAUAUAGAUCCAAAUUGUGUUAAAGAAAACUUAAUCAUUUGUUACAUAUAUUUUGUUUUGAAUGCAACAUUUAAGAGGAAUUCGGCUAAAGUAGAGUUGGAAAGUAUUGCAGCAUUUCUUAAUAAAUGUUUACAGACAAAAAAUUAUAUAAACAAAACAAACAUUGAACAUUUCCUUGAUUUUAUAUCAAUUUGUCUGGGUGAGUAUUGCUCAGUAUGGAAAAAAUCAAAUGUAGAUGCUCGUAAACUUUUAGAAAAUGUGAUAAAUUUUACACACAGCACAGAAAUUACCGAGACUAGUAGGAUAAAAAUGAUUAGUAUACUAGCAGACUUUGUAGACAAUCCAUAUCUUUCAAAAUCUAGUGGGUAUCAAGCUUGGUUGUCAUUUCUACCAAAACUAUUGCUUAAGCCAAAAAUAACAGAUAUAGAAAUUGAAAUUCUACUUUUGCUAGCUAGAAAAGGUAAUGUACCUUUUCUGACAGGACUGCAGACUAACAUGAUUCCUAUAUUAGAAAAUUUGCCUUCUCUUGAAUAUUCUGUACAAAAGAAAUGUUAUAUAGAUUCUAACAUAGAUGUAUUAAGUACUCUAAAGUGGCAGACUGCUUUUUUAUUCUAUUACAUGAAAGAUAUAACUUGUCCAGAGUUGUACAAUCUGCUAAAACAUUUGUCUUCUUUUAUCCCUAAAAACGAAUGUAAUAUAAUUAAAGAGCAACUAAAUAGGUGUAAGGGAAACUGCAAUUUAUAA